UCGAACGCGACCAGGGCCACUCGCAGUAAAAAAAAAAAAAAAGAGAGAGUAGGUGACUGGUACUGAGUACAUCAAAAUGUAUAUGUUAAAUCGUGCUGAGGAAAACAACCUGUAAAGGUAUGCUACUGCUCUUUUGAAAGUAAGAACAUUUGGUGCUCUGAGACUUGUGAAUACCCACGGGAGUGGUUCCAUUAAUUUGUUUUUCAAAUAAAAACAUUCCAAAUCAAUAAAAUGGACCGAGGGAAAGGCGUGUUGAUGGAUGAAAUUGAAAAAAGCUUAUGGAGUUUAACUGAAGACAAUCUACGGUACCUUUGUCAGCAACACAGACGAGACGUCUCUGAGGUGAAAGGACUGGAUCACCGCUCGUUGCGGCGUAAAAUCAUGGAGGAAAUGUGGGAAAACACGGAUUCAAUGAAGUCAGAGGAGCAGGGAAUGUCUUGGUUACUCCAGCUGAAAGAGGACAUCAGACGGAUACUGGAAGGUGGAAGUGGUGGGGCCUUGAAUCCCUGCAGGUCCAGUAAUAACAAUACUGAUGGUGGAGGCGCAUCUGUAGACUGUGAUGAACAAUGGAAAGGAGAGGGAGGAGCCAAGUUACCUAGCUCACGUUUUGAGGCGGAGCCAGUGAGUCCUAGCCAAUUGGAAGACGACGCUCCAGAUUGCGACAUAGAGGACAGUGAUUGGUUACCUAGUAAUGGGCUGGAGGCAGAGCCUAUGAGUCCUAGUCAAUCAGAAGAUGACGCUCCAGAUUGCGACAUAGAGGACAGUGAUUGGUUACCUAGCAAUGGGAUGGAGGCAGAGCCCAGGAGUCCUAGCCAAUCUAACAACGGUGACACAGCAGAUGACGAAGAAUGGGACAGAGAGGUCAGGGAUUGGAUGGCUAGCGAUCAGGUGGAGAUAUCUCCGGAGAGGAACACACCAGGGCAGAGAGACCAGUGCGACCUACCCCCCUCCGCUCUUCAGAAAACCCCGGGCAGUGAUUGGCCAGACAGCGUCUCACUGCACGGUCUGAAAGGGCUGUCUGUGAGGCUGAUGGACUGCAGGAAAACACUGGGGCUGAAAACGCGCCAGAAAACACACCCCUGUGUUCAAUGUUGGAAGAGUUUUGCAACGGAAGACAUUCUGGAGCGACAUCUGCUAAAUCACACAGAGGAGAAACAGAAAAAUAUGUGCUGUAAAUGUGGCAAAGUGUUCAGUACGUUUUCCACCCUCACAAGGCAUCUGAAAACUCAUAUCACAGAGAAAUCUCACUUGUCGGACACCACAUGUUCCGAAUGUGGGAAGACAUUCAGUACACAUUCUAGUGUCAAGAGACAUCUUUUAACUCACACUGGAGAGAAACCAUAUGUUUGCUCUCGUUGUAAAAAAGGUUUCAAUGAUCCAGGGAACCUAAAGAAACACAUGAGGAGAGCUCAUCCAGAAGAUGAGGUGAAUGUGGAGAGGCUCUACCAUGAACCAUGUUCCCACUGUGGGAAGAUGUUCACCACAAAAAAGAUUUUAGAGAAACACCUGGUAAGCCACACUGGAGAGAAACCUCACCAGUGCUUAGACUGUGGAAAGGGAUUCAAUGAAUUGUCUAGUCUUAAGAGACACCUGAGAACGCAUACUGGGGAAAAACCGUACAUUUGCCCUCAUUGUGAAAAGAGUUUUAAUGACCCAGGGAACUUAAAAAAACACAUCCUAAGAACUCACUCAGCAGAACACUCUGGAAAUACGCGUUUGGAAAACAAUCUUGGUUCCUUAGAACAGGAUGAGCCUGUGAAGAAAUCAGUCCUUCAUCCAUGUUCUCACUGUGGAAAGAAACUGUCAACAAAGACAAGACUGAAGAUUCACUUGAAGAUCCACACAGUAGAGAAACCAUACAUCUGCCCUGACUGUGGGAAAAACUUUGCUUUCCGUCCCUCUUUGACCAAACAUCAGAAACUUAGUCAUUCAGAGCACGGAGCAGUAAAAUGUCAUCCCUGUUCGUUCUGUGGGAAAGUUUUUAAUCAACCAGGAACCUUGAAGACACAUCAGAGAAUUCACACUGGAGAAAAACCCCACCUCUGCUCUGAAUGUGGGAAGAGUUUCUCUUUUCAUUCAUCUAUGAAAAGACAUCAGGCACUCCACGUGGGCGACAAUGCUAAGCCACAUGUCUGCACUGUCUGUGGGAAAGGCUUCAGAAGUUCUGGGUACUUAAAAAAACAUCAAACUGUCCAUUCUGAAGAGAAAUCUCAUCUUUGCUCUGAUUGUGGAAAGACUUUUGCAUCCUUAUUCACCUUAACGCUUCAUUCAAAAACACAUCAUAUUGAUGGAGAUCUGUUCCAAUGCUCUGACUGUAAACGGCAAUUCCCAACAAAGGAAAGGCUGAGAAGCCACCAGAGAAUACAUACAGGAGAAAAACCUUUCCACUGCUCCCAAUGCCACAAACGAUUCUCUCAUUCAAAUAGUUACCAAAGGCACCUUCGUAUGCACUCUGGGGAGAAACCCUUUGUCUGUCCUCUCUGUGGAAAGAAAUUUAAUGAUUCUUCUAACCUUAGAACACACGUUAGAAGACAUAAUGGAGAGAAGUACAAAUCACAGAUCUCUGAGCCAUGCCCUCACUGCGGGAAGAGGCUGGCUUCAAAGGCGGGGUUGGAGACUCACCUUCGGACUCACACCGGAGAAAAACCUCACCUCUGCGCCGACUGUGGCAAGAGUUUUACUUUUCAUUCAGCCUUACGAAGACAUCAGAAAACACAACAUGUAGAGCAUGUAGCAAAGCCGCAUGUUUGUUCUGUCUGUGGAAAAGGCUUUAAAGAAUCUGGAGCACUGAAGAAACAUGUGUUGACACAUGAAGAGAAACAACACCUCUGCUCCGAUUGUGGAAAGAGUUUCAGGUUACUUCAGGCGUUGUUGAAUCAUCAGAGAACCAAGCAUCAGAAAACAAAUGACGACAAUGAGCAAGUAAGAGAGAAGAAUCCAUUCUGCUGUCUUAUUUGCAGCCAGGAAUUUAGUUCAAAGCAUAGAUUGGUAAUCCAUGAGAGAAAACACACUGGGGAGAAACCUUAUCAAUGCACCCACUGUGACAGACGCUUUGCUGAUAAGACCAAUAUGAGACGGCACCAGACAGUACACACAGGAGAGAAACCGUUCAAAUGUGUUAUCUGCGACAUGAGGUUUUCUCAAGCGGCUUCUUUGAUACGGCAUCGCCUAAUACACUCGGGUGAAAAACCGCACCACUGUACUUACUGCGACAAAAGUUUUUCUCAGUCAAACACGCUGAAAACACACAUACUAACCCACACUGGAGAGAAACCUUACCAGUGUACCGACUGUGGAAAGCGUUUCACGGAAAAGAAAGCCAUGAAGAAACACCAGCGUGAAACCCAUGGGACAGGAACACAUAGCAACGCACAAGUGUCAGAGGUGCACAACUCUGUGCUUGAUAAAAGAACUGCAUUGAAUCAAGACAGGAGCCCCCGAGAGAAGUCUUUCCAAUGCCCUGACUGUGGCAAGAGUUUUUCAGAGAAGAGCAGUCUUAAGAAACAUCAGAAAACACACAGGGGAGACAGUGCCCCCUAUUGGUCAGGGAUAAUGCAGAGAUUGAGUCAAGACCCACAAAAGUCUCAUACUGAAUCAGAUUCUGACCAAGAUUGGACCUCCUUGUAAAGACUUUGUCCCCAGGUCUAUCUGCUCUGCUUUAGCUGGCAUCUAUAUAGUAGGUAUUUUACCGAUGUUGGAGGUGGAACAGCAUGAGAAAGCAGCCUGUUUGGUGAAUGGCACUGCCACUGGAUGCACCCAGUCACAUUUUUAAUCAUCCCAUUAUGCUUUUUUUUUAGGCUGGUAGAAAUUUGUAUUUACUUUAAAAGGGCUUCAACUUUUGUUGUUAUGAUUUGCUGAAAUGUGAGGCACUAGCUACAGAAUAAUGUAAAUGGUGGACUGCACAUUUUGCUGAAAGUAACUUUAUCAGGCCCUAAUUUCAACACUAACAACAAUGGGCUACGGAGUAGGCCUUCUACGUUGGUAGGCUCUGUAAUAUCACUGGAUGUGUCACCAGCAAUGUCACCAAUAACUCCUCUAAAUCUGAAUCUCCAAUACGGUUACAAUUAAUGUCACCAUGCAGUCCUCCAGUAUCUUUGUGUGAAGAGCUUGGUUAAAAUCUGGGCUGGAGUUGAAUGGUCAACGCUUAAAAGCUUAUCCAUUUUUAGAUUUAUAUUUUUUAAAUUAAAUGUAUAGAGAGGAUUCUAAAACAUGGUUACAUUUGUUAAUUCCAUGGCUUUGACUAGGAAAUUCUGAGGCGGAGCUAUGCGCUAUUCAAGGAUAGCUGCUUUUUUUCAGUUUGUUGAAAACUGAAAAAAAAGCUCCAUGGAAUUCUAUUCAGAUUUCAUGAAUUUUUCUGUGUGUAUUCCGAUCUUAAUAAUUAUAAUAAUGCAUUUUAUUUACAUAGUGCUUUACAAGGACCCAAAGACGCUUUAUAAAAUGAACAUGGAAUAGAAACAAGAAAUACCAUCUAAAAUUCAAACCCUGGUAGUAGCUCAGGCCUCAAGGUUCCUAGGGGGAGGUUUAUGAAAAGCUGUGCUGUUAUGCAAAGGUUUAAUUGCAUGGCCUUUUAAAUUGAAGGGAUGAAACUUGGAAAGACUUGAAAAGUGUCAGUUGUGCAUCUACACUAUACAAAAAUAGAAAUCAAUAUACGUUGAUCAGCCAUAACAUUAUGGUUUGUUGUGUUCCUCAAACUGUUCCUGAACUAUGCAGUUUUGGAGAUGCUCUGACC